AUGAGUGCGGCAGGUGAUGCCGGCAAAAGUCAGGAGGAGUUUGUCCUCGGCUCACGCGCAGACUUCGACAAGUACAUAAAAUGGGCUGACAUAAAGUUUGUCCGCGCAGCAUAUCUGGUACAGUUGCACGAACAAGGUGAGCUGUGGCCACGGAGACAAGAGGCAGCUAAAGUUAAAGACGCCUUGAUUUCCACACCGACCAAGUUCAUCGCGCUUUCCCACAUGUGGGAAGCACGUGAGCAUCCCGAUCCCUUCGGGUUUCAGGCCACGCUGCUCGUUUCAGCUAUCAAGGCAAGGCCACGAGCGGAGUGGAACGAUGUAGGCUUCUUCAUCGAUUAUAUUUCCUUCCCUCAGUUCAGGCGCUCGGACCACGAUGAGAUAUAUUUCCGACGCGGAACACAACACAUGCAUCUGCUUUUCUGCAAUACCAGUGCAAGCUUUUGUGAAGGCGUCUGGUCCAUUCCUUGUCGCACACCUUUCUGGAGACUGCAGAAGUUUGUUUACGGCACCUGCGGCUGCAAAGGCAUUCCUGUGUACAGCGUCGCUGCAGGCGAAGGGGACCAAGGCAAAGUGGUAAGAGUGCCGCUUAGACACCUGCAACUUGGGGACCACCGUGGGAGGUGUGGUCCAGGCUGUUUCGACCGAUGUCCCAACCUCCACUUUAACACCACGGAGUACAACCGACGUGCCUGGUGCCGUGUCGAAGUCGAAUGGGCCGCUCCUUAUAUAGUCGACCUAUCAGUGAGUGAGACACACGAUCCUUGGUUCCCCGACCUCUGCCGCAAUGGCCAUUGGGAAGUGGUCAAGGGCUGUCUCUCACGCUUUGACAGGUUCUUCCAUCCACAUGUCGGGUGCUUGCUGUGUUGCUUCCUCAUAUUUUUCGAAGCAGGAGCUGCAGAAGCAACUCGCAGAGCAACCCCGACAUCCGAAGCUUUUCUGGCUGCAUCUUCCUUUGUCUUGACUCUGGGCCUGUGUGUCGUUCAUGCACUUCAUGGCCGUCCUGCUCUUUCUGCCAAGACUUGCAUGGCAUUGGCCAUAGCAGCCUGGGCCGGUCUUGCAAUGACAUUUCGUCUUGUGAUGGUGGGCCAUGCUCGGGCUGUUUUUCUGCACCUGCCUCCUUUUCUGGCAGCUGCAGCAGCUGUGAGACUUGCAGAGCACAGAAAUGUGCUCGACCUGGUUGCUGCCUACCAUAGCAUGGAUUUGUCGCCAGAGAUCUUGAAGCCAAGCUCCACAGUGCCCAUGAUGCCUUCAGAGUUCCAGACGAUGGCGGACAAGCAGCAGAUCCGAUUCACACACAAGGAAGACCUAAAGCUGGUCUUGGAUUUGCAGAAGCAGGUCUUCGAGGAUAAAGCCCUUCGGGUUGAUACAUUUGCGGUGCACAUGCUGCCCAUGCCUUUGAGCAGCAAGCUACCGGACCUCAUCGAUGACUACAAGAAGUUGCAGAGCUUCGACUUGCGAAGGUCGGUCAUCGAUCUCAAGAGCAGCGUUGCUUUGUUCAGCAAUCUCCUGUGCAAGCGGAGCAUGCGGACGCUGAAGUUCUGCAGUGUCGACUUUCAUCCCGCUGCUAUCAAGAAGUUGGCCGAAGGGCUGACAGGGAACGGCUCAAACAGGCACUGCCUCAGCGAACUAAUCCUUGAAGAUUGCAGGCUGCAAGAUGAAGAUGUCGUGUCUUUGUCAGAGGCUUUGAUGUCUGAUCACGCGCUGAAGACCCUCAGCCUUGCAAUGAACCACUGCGAGGACGCCGGAGCGCUUUCCCUUGGGAAGGUGCUUAAGAGCAAUGGGUCGCUCAGGCAUUUAAAUCUAAAGUUCAACUGCAUAGGCCAGCAAGGGGUCUUCUGCCUGCAGCAACUCGGAAGUCGCCUGGAGAGCCUUGAACUCGGGUUCAACUAUGAAGAUCGCCUGCCACCACCUUGGUGGACCGUUCUUCGGCUUUGGCGCUGGGCCUCUUACAGAGUUCCUUGGCGCGUCGGUUCGCGGUUUGCACAUGUCGUCCGCCAUGCAACAGCCAUUUGUCUGUACCUUAGAGCCUUGCGCAGCAUAGCAUCGCAGCUGUUAAACAGCAUGCUCUGGCUACAGCCUGCCGGGGCAGAUUCUGCGAUUCCUCGCCAGAGGGAAGGAUCCAAGUUCGCCGAAGCUUCGCAAAGGUCGAAGCGGCGACCUGCAAGGAAACCGAGUGGGUGA